CUAAAAACUAGUUAGUCCUCUGCUGAACUUUUAGUGCGACUGAGUGGGGGGAACACGACGACGACCUCCGUACAACGAGUUCCUGACUUCCAGAACUGGCCUCUCGGAAUGUUUAGCCAUAUUGGACCUUCCAAACCGCCGUCGAAAUGUUCUCACGGAUGUUCCGCUGCGUGGACGUGGACGUGGUGACGGUUAUAUGUCUAACUUUAUUGUUGCUGAAGAUUUGUGCGUGUUCCGCCCAGGAGGGGGAGGACAACGGCGAGAUUCUGGAGCAAGAUGAGCUCGCCGAGUUUUACACAAAGGGCCUUUUCAUCCUGGAGAGCAAGCUUCUUCAGCGCUGUGUGACAGUGGAACAAUCCAACCUGGUGCUCCGGGACUGUAGUCGUCCCACCCGCCGCAUGCUGUGGAAGUGGGUCUCCCACCAUCGUCUCUUCAACGCUGGCACCAGUACGUGCCUGGGCCUCAACAUGUCUGACCCCGCGCAGCCCCUCGGAACAUUCCAGUGCGACAUGGACCUUCCCGUACUGUGGUGGCGCUGCAGAGGAAAUAUGUUGUACGGGACAUCCCGGUGGAAGGUGGCUGUUGCUGGGAAUUUAGUAGUGGUUAAAAGAAAUUCUUAUUACGAGUGGAAAAGGUACAACACGCCAAGAGAGGGGCCCUGCUCGAAUCCAUAUGAAGAUAUCCACACUUUGUUGGGAAAUGCACACGGCAUGCCCUGUGCAUUGCCCUUUAAAUACAACAACAAAUGGUACUCGGAGUGCACCACUGAGGGCCGUGAAGACCAUCUACCGUGGUGCUCGACCACCACCAGAUAUGAUGAGGCUGAAAAAUGGGGGUUCUGUCCAGUGCAUGACUACAGUUGUGAGCAUUUCUGGGAGUCAAACCAGGAACUACGUGCAUGCUACCAGUUCAACCUGUACACCAUCCUCACCUGGAGUCAAGCGAUGCUGACAUGUCAGGCUCAGGGUGGAAACCUGCUCAGCAUCACCAGUUUGGCAGAGCACAGGUACAUCAGAGAUCGGCUGGAUAGUGUUGGAGCAAUGGUGUGGAUUGGGCUGAACCACUUGAAGGAUGGUUGGGGGUGGCAGUGGUCAGAUGGCGCACCUCUCUCAUUGGUUAAUUUCACUACAGCGCUGCCAUCCAGCCCUUUGGAGGACAACAGACAAUGUGGAGUGUACAACUCUGGCCCUGACGGACUUUGGCAGAGUCUUUCCUGUGAGUCUGCUCUGCCUUACAUCUGCAAGAAGACGCCUAAUGACACGCAUAGGGCUGAGCCUUUUGAGAACUGGCAGUAUGUCCAUACAGUGUGUGAUGAAGGCUGGCUGCCUCAUAACGGUUUCUGCUACCAGAUCCUGGGCCAUGCAGGAAGCUGGGAGGAGUCUUCUCAGGCAUGCCUCUCUCGUAGUGCCAACCUCGUCAGCCUUCACUCUCUCUCUGAAGUGGAGAUGGUGCACAGCCUCCUGGCGAACUAUUCUGGCGAGGCUUCAGCAAUGUGGAUUGGUCUGCGGAAACAAGUUUCAUCUGCUACUGUAGAGUGGUCUGAUGGCUCACCUGUGACUCUCACAAUGUGGCACCAGUAUCACCCUCCUCACAACCUGACUGGUGCAACCCUCUGUGCCAAGGCAGACAGGAAGGAAGGUGCCUGGGUUUUGGUUUCAUGUGACGAGCAACUUCCUGCUAUGUGCAGAAAGGUGAAACAUCAGACAUCGGCUCAUGAACUCGGAACUUGGGAUGAAGGCUGCCCUGAGGGCUGGAAGCGUCACAGUCACUCCUGUUACACCAUCACCAAGCAGGAGCAGACACAUAAAGACGCACAGAGCGGCUAUUUCUGCAAUGCCCCUCUCCUUACUGUGGAAAACAGGUUUGAGCAAGCAUUUGUCAACAGUUUGCUGAGUGCUAAUGGUGCCAAUGGCAGCAUGUCUUAUUGGAUUGGCCUCAUGGACUCAGAGGAGAGGGGAGAAUACAGAUGGCUUCAUAACAAUGGUUCUACUCAGCCCCUCACCUUCACAAACUGGAACAAACACCAGCCAGUCAGUGCCUACGGCUGUGUUGCGAUGUCAGGUGGGUCUGCUCUGGGCCAGUGGGAGGUGAAAGACUGCAAUUCCCACAAGGCCUUGUCAGUGUGUAAGCAGAGCAUCAGUAGUUACCAGGAGGUGGAAUUGCUACCUGAAGCCCACGAUGCCUUCAGUGCCUGCCCUCCAGGAUGGGAAUCACAGCCUGGUCUCCUCUACUGUUUUAAAGUGUUCCAUGACGAAAAGGUGCUCCUGAAACGUUCCUGGGUGGAAGCAGAUUACUUUUGCCAGGCUCUCGGGGCCCAGCUGGCCAGUUUCCGCCACUAUGAGGAGCAGGUGUUUGUUAAGCAACUCCUCAGUAGCAUGUUUGAAGGAACAGAGGGUCGUUGGCUGUGGGUUGGCUUCAAUAAAAGAAAUCCUGAACACCCAGGAGUUUGGGAAUGGUCUGAUGGUUCUCCUGUGAUGACCGCCUUUGUCGAGGAUAAAAAUGAUGAGGAUGACAGAAGGGACUGCGCAGUGUACAGUGACCUGCCAAACAGCCUGAUGCCGCGGCCGUGUGAAAGUAAACACGAAUGGAUCUGUAAAGUGGCCAGAGGAGAUCAACUGAUAAAACCCUACUGGUACACUGAGCGGAGUGAGCCAUGGGUAUUUUAUCGUGGAGCUGAGUACCUGGUGGCCAAGCAUCCCUUCAACUGGGAUGUCGUCUCUCUUGCCUGUAAGAUGAUGGGAGCUUACCUGCUGUCCAUUCACUCCAGGGAGGAGCUGAAUUUUGUUAAGGAGCGCUUGCGGCGGCUGUCCCUCGGCCCCACUGAUUGGUGGAUUGGUCUUUCCAUUGACCAGCAUGGAGAGGAGGUCAGGUGGAGUGACAAGACAGAAGUCAAUUUUCACAACUGGGCACAAGACAGUGAUGGCCACCACGAUAAAAAGUCUGGGUGGUGUGUCACAAUGUCUUCAUCAACAGGGAAGUGGACGGCAAAUAAAUGCAGCAAUCUUUAUGGAUUUGUUUGUAAGAGAAAGACUGUGUCUGUUGUGGAGACUCCGAGGGAGCUGCAUUACAUUGGACGGUGUCCAGAGAAAUGGCUGUACUUUGGACACAAGUGUCUCUUGCUUCACCUCCCUGACAAGCCAAGCGAGGGAAAGAGCUGGAACGACGCCCGGUCCAUCUGCUCCUCAUUCCAAGGCUCACUCGUGGCAAUCGAAGAUGAGAUUGAACAAGCAUACAUCACCAUGUUGCUUCAAGGAAUCUCUGUAGGUGUGUGGAUUGGUCUGUGGAAUCAAGACACCAUGAAAUGGACGAAUGGGAGACCAGUUAGCUACACCAACUGGUCUCCCAUUGAACCAAAGAGCUACCUCAAUGAGGAUGAGUUGCUCACUGGCUUUGCUGACGAACCUCUGUGCACGGUGUUGUCCAACAACCACAACGUCCACCUGACAGGGAAGUGGUAUGAUGAGAAAUGCAGUGAGGAUGGCUACGGCUUUGUUUGCCAAAAACCUCAAGAUACAUCCAAACGCCCCACCCACUCAUCUCGCCACCCACUCCCCAACAGCAUUGAGUACAAAAGUCGCAGUUACAAGGUGGUUUCAGGCAACAUGAGCUGGUAUGAUGCCAUGCAUAUGUGCAUGGACAAUGAUUCGGACCUAGUGAGCAUCACCGAUGCCUACCACCAGGCUUUCCUUACGGUGCUUGUCAAUAGAUUGGGAGUCCCGCACUGGAUUGGACUGUACAGCCAAGAUAGUGGGAUCAACUAUCAGUGGUCAGAUGGCAGCGAUACCGUGUACACAAACUGGGACUCGACUGAAGAUGACUUUGAGAUCGGAGAAUGCGUGUACAUGGAUGUGAAUGGAGGAUGGCGGCGAGCUGACUGCGAAACUCUUUUACCAGGAGCCUUGUGUCACAUUCCUCCGCCAAGGAAUAAACCAUUUAUCUCAUAUGAAGCUGUGUGCCCCUCCACAUGGGUGAAAUUUGGAAGUGGCUGUUACAACUUUGAGCCUCUGGUGCAAAGACUGACUUUUGAGGAGGCACGUGAGCACUGCAGACGGAAAGUCAACACGUCAGAUGUCCUGUCCAUCGAGAAUGAGGCAGAGAACCGCUUUGUCCUGGAGCAGCUGUGGACUUCAGGGUUCCUUCACCAGAAUAUGUGGUUGGGGCUUUACUUCAACAUUGACACGGAUUCUAUGGCUUGGGUGGACGGUUCUCCUUUGGACUACAGCAGCUGGCCCAGCAAAGCUCCAGAUGUCAAAUUACUGACUGCAGACACCUGCGUCACCACCCGGGCAGUUGAUGGAGUGUGGCUCUUGUUGGGGUGCACCGAGCGACUCGGCUUUGUCUGCAAAACAAUCUCAGAUGUAACUACUGAGGUGGAAGUGGAACCAUUCAAUGGAUUACAUUACGGCGUCAUCCUUGCUGCUGUGCUGGUGGCUGUGUUGAUCUUUGCUCUGCUGGCAGGAGCACUGUGCUUUGCUUACAGGAGAAAUGCUGCUCAUUUUCGGGGUCUCCCUGCACUCGGUAGUGCCUAUUACCGACAAUCCGGCUCCCAAGCUACAGAGUCUGAUGGUAAUGUGCUGAUCACAGAGCUGGAAGAUCACUCAGGAUAACGUUACAGACUGACAUUGCCACAAUGCUUUGGACCAGUGUUGAGAUAUAUACUUUCUAAUUUAGUAUUCGAAGGAUAUUAAGAAAAACAUUUGGGCAUUUAUUCCAUCAGACCAUGUACUAGCUCAUUGCUCUUUGUCCACACUAUCGUACAACAAUUGAGCACAUUAUUUGGACGACUGUGUCUUCCUAGUAAAGCGUCACUUUGGGCCUACUAGUACGACCUUACCCUGGACACCAAGAAUAUCAAAUGUUUAUUUCCAUAAAGCCAUUUGUGCAUUUAUUUGAUGCUCUUGAUAUCUAACUUAAGCUCCGUGUAUUAAUACACUCUUUGUCCUCAUGAGUCAGACAUUUCGGUUGCAUGAGUAGAAUGACUAGAAUUUUACUAGUGAUGUUUUUUUAACUACUAGUGCCAUUUUUGUCUUAUUGGUAUGAAUUUAAGAUUUAUGGAACUCAUUUGAUCUCAAAUAUAUCGAAUUACCACCCAACCAGCUUUGAUAGCCAUGAUAUUCAAAAGUCCAACCUUGGCAAACACAUAUUACUAGUGAGGCAUAAUUGCAUGCUACUAGUAUUACUAGUGACAUCAUAGAAUUCUUCAUGUUAUCAGAAAGCACUUGACUAGUAGUACUAGUAGCACACAGAUGUCAAUUAAAGUACAAUUUUGGUAGCAUGAAGUUGUCUUCCUAGUAUGUUAGAGUUGCCAAAAUGUCUUCCCGUAGAAUGAAGAACAUGAUGACUAAUACUAUUUUUUAUUAGUCUGCCCAAGUCAUACUACUUGUUUGCUGAAUUGUCUUUCUAGUGAGGACAAAGAGCGCACUCGUGCACGGCCCUUAAAAAGCAGAUGAACGAAAAGAAUGUUCAAAUAUUCCGUUUUGACCUUGCUCUCAGAAGAAAACACAUUGCCGAAACCCGGGAUCGAACCAGGGACCUUUAGAUCUUCAGUCUAACGCUCUCCCAACUGAGCUAUUUCGGCCUAUGAAAAGUUCAUUUUCAACAUGUCACAUGACAAAAGGGAAAACUGAUGCCUGGACUCCAAAUCAGGUUGGAAAUGGCUUUGAUCUGGACAGCAGUUGAGUUACAGGUAGUGUAAUAAGAUAAAAUACUGAAAUGCUUGACAUUCUCUUGAAAGAUUGUUGUCAAAAAUAAAAUGUUUUGUAAUCUACUCUGUACAUUUGGAUUACAGUCCAAUUAAUGUUGUUGGAACUGCACUUGUUAUAGCUACUUUGUCCGUAUUACUAAUAUUCGAUGUAAAAACAGGUUCUGUUUUUGUGUGUUGAAAGUUGUCAAACCUCAAAACUUAUAAGGUUAUGGAAGGCUGUUGGUCCCAAGCAUUAAAUCAAUUUCCUUGAUAUCCUGCUUAAGUUCUUUGUCCACACCAGUAAGUCAAUUGACAAGAGUGCACUAGUAGAACUACUCGUUCGGCUUUUCCACUACAAUUGCUAAUUUUGGCCUACUAUGAAAUUCAACCUUGCUUCUAAAGUACUCCGCUGCAUAACUACCACUACGAUCCCCAAAUCGUACCGGUAGAUGUGUCACACGAGUAGCCACCUGGACCCUAGUAAAAGCACCAAAAUGUCCACUAGUAGUUGUCCUACUAGAAUGCCAAAGUUCUCCUACUAGUGAGGACAAAGAGCGUACUGAUACAUGGACCUUAAGCUGGAUAUCAAGGAUAUCCAAUAAAGGCUCAAGCACACGGCUUUCUGUAUAGGAGGACUUAUAACUGGAUGUGUUAUUUGUUGCUAAGCAAGUUAUAAGCUGUAAAUUGCAUAUUUGUGUGUAUUCCAAUAAAUUCAAGGUGGACCCACAAA